AAGCUGCCGCCCAGGCAAACGCGCCGCGUGGGAGGGCACGCGCUAGAGGGCUGCAAACGGUUUAACAGACACGGAAACUGCGCGUUUUGGGACUCUGAAUUCAACCAAGAGUCUUGGGAAUAGUAAUGCUUCCAGCUCAGUGCCCAGAGCCAUCAUCCUGGGAAGAAACUCUCGUGAAAAUGCAUCCUGGCAACUGCUCAUGCAGCUGACUCCUGAAUCUGCAUCUCCAGACAGUCUCUUCCAAACUCUAGACCAGUAUCUACAUGACCACUGCUAAGGCAUUUACACUUGGAUACUGUCACUCCAAAUCUCAACAUCUCUAAGUUGAAACUCACCUUAUUGUCAAACAAGCAUCUCCUCUUGACUUCCCUAUUUCAUUAGAGUCGGCUUCUCGAUGCAGAGGAACAAGUGGAUAGCUGUCAUGAAAACCACCAGGACGUAGCCCUCUGAUGGCUGUGAUUUGUGUCUUACAGAAAGCCCCCUACACCAGCCCAGCCCAUAUUAUCCAGCAGCAGGAUCCUUGGAACCGGCUCUAUGCAACUACCACAGUUGCCAGUGUCAGGCGGGAUGUAUAUUUCUAUGACCCAGAGAUCCCCUUGGAUGACUUGGAUUUCCGAAUAACAUCCUUGUACAAUCACCAUACUGGAUUGUUUCAGGACAAGGCACAGACACUAAUCCAUCAGGAGACCAUUAAUGAUACCCAUGGAUCUGUCAAAUUCCAGUAUCCAGAUGAGAUACUGCCUCCUCCUCCCCUACCUCCCAUUACGACUCCAGCAAUGAUGAGACACUGGGUCAGCCCCAAGAAGGACUCAAUCCACAGUGUCCAAGGGACCAUAGUGGCCCCUCACAACGCAGCCACCAAUGGUGGCUAUUCUCGCAAGAACGAUGGUGGCUUCUUCUCCACCUAGUCUUACCAUUGCCCACAUAAGCAACCCAAACAGAGGCUCUGCCACCUGCUAGCCCCUCCCUCUGCUCCUCACCUCCAUUAAAUAAAUUUGCGUUCAGAUGAAACCUU